CCAGCAUUCAAAAAGUGGUUUCCGAUUUCCUUGUUUCAUUCAUUUCUUUUUUUAAUAUUUCCCUGCUCCGCUGGUCAAAGAGCAAAAUUCUAAUCGUCACCCCCGCAUGGUCAAAAAAACAAACGCUUCCAUUUUUUCAUUCACUCUUUGCUUCCUUCCUUGCUCAAAAAAAAAAAGAGAGAAUAGUACUCCAAUCAACAUACCCCACACUGUUUGAUUAGGAAUUCGGGUUGCACACCUACUCCUUCUACUUUCCAACACCGCUGUCUCUGUCUUUCUAGGUUGUUGUUUUUUGAAAUCCCUUAUCUAAUGCUCAUCUUUUCCUUAUUAUUCGCUGUUCCUUCUUCCUGUUUAAUUCAUGGGUGUCUCUUUCUGCUUCACAGUUGGGUGGGUUGGUACCAAAGGUGAGGCAGAGGAGACUCAGAAAAAGAUGGCUGAACACGGAAGAGUUAUGGCAAACUGUGUAUAUGCUCCCAAUCCCUACCAUGAAUGCACGGAGGCUUGCGUGCAAAGAAUCAAGGAAGCCAAGCCUGGCAAGCCAUCUAAAACUAAAAAGGUUUUCAAAGAUUAUCGCAGAAGUGUUACAGAUGGUGAACUUGGCAAAAAGAUGAAAGAAGAAAAACGCAGGCCCUCAGGUUGCCCUAAAGCGUCUAAUCCUUACCAUGUCUGUGAUGAAUAUUGCCAGAAGGCUGAUUCAGGUACCAUGUCUUUAAACUUUGACAGGAGGAAGAAGGUUGGUUCAAAGCCAGAACUCCCCGUUCUUGACAGUGUUCCACCCUCAAAAAUUGGGGCUAUUUAUCUCUCUGAUGCUUCAUCACCUUUAUCAAAUUAUUCUGAAAAGACAAAGGAGGAGUCAAAAAGCAAUGAGAUCAUACCAGUUUCUGGAGAAAUACAUGUCCAAGAUGUCAUGCCUACCAAUCACAAGGUCCAAUCAAAGCACAAUGGGGACAAAAAUGCUUCACCAAAAGUUGUUCCAAUCACCUCUGUUGAUGACACGGGAUGUCUUACUAAACCAGAUGGUGGAUCCAUGAAUUUUUGUUUGUCUGGUCUCCAUGAUAAUGAAGACAGUGAUGGAGGGGAGACUGAGUCUGUGGUUUCUGAGUCGCGUGUCCCGGUUGGAAAAUACCACGUGAAGGAAAGCUUUGCUCCCAUCCUGAGAUCCAUCUUUGAAAAGUAUGGGGACAUAGGAGCAAGCUGCCACUUGGAAUCAGUUGUUAUGCGGUCAUAUUAUGUCGAGUGUGUGUGCUUUGUGGUCCAAGAGCUACAAUCUACCCCAAUAAUGCAAUUGGCAAAGUCUAAAAUCAUGGAAUUGAUGGCUAUUCUUAAGGAUGUAGAAUCUGCUCAGCUUCGCGUGGCCUGGUUGCGGAACAUAGUUGAUGAAAUUGCUGAAAACAUUGAACUCAUUGAUGAGCACUGCAUGGCGGAGAUGGCAAAGGCUAACUCUGAUCGUGAAAUGGAAACAUUGAACAAAGAGCUGGAAUCAAAUCUGGAAAGUUUGGCUCAGAAAGAACAAGAGGUAACUGAUAUCAAAACAAGAAUUGAAGAGAUCAGAGAGCAUUUAAGCGAGCUUGAGCUGAAGUCUUCUGAUUUGGCCAAGAACAUCUUGUCAAUCAAGUCCAAGGUUGAUAAUUUAGACAGCAAAUCCUUGCUAGAUGAACUAGUUUAAUGAAAUUGUUUUUGUCUUUGAAUUUCGUCCUCAGAAUUAUGGUAAUGCUUAAAUUGUAGAAUAUGGUACUGAAUAAACGCAUGAGCUAUAUUUUUAAGCUAGGCAAUGGUAUGAAUACAUAUUGCACAUGCACAUUUUUAAGUUUACUUCAAUUUAUUAUUAUUUUUUAUUGAUAUCUAAAUAUCCCAACAACUUUGGGUUGAAAUUGCAGUCA